AUGGACAUUGACCUCUCUAGUUCACUACAGUGUGAACACGAGAAGGACACCGUAUCAUUUAGUGACACAAUUUCUGAAGUUUUGCCAGAUUCUGGUAACACAGAAGGUGUUCAUGAAUUUCCAAACUCUGAGUUCAUGGGGGCUCCACUUUACCCAGGUCAGAUCAGAGACAUCCUACAAAGGGAGGACUGCCCCAUUGUAGAGCAUACAGACGUACAUCACAGUGAAAUGCUUAAAGGAAUCACAAACUUUAGUUGUGGUGAUGUGUCCUUGCUUUGGAAUUGUGAUGGUAUUUCUGUUUUCAAUUCUUCAUCAUACUCUCUGUGGCCAAUUCGCUGUGUAAUAAAUGAACUUCCAGCUGAAGUGCGUUAUAAAAAUGUACUGCUGGCAGGUGUCUGGUUUGGACGUGGAAAGCCAGAAAUGUCCACAUUUUUGAAACAGUUUGUCAAAGACAUUAAAGAGAUUAACACACAUGGUGUCAAAUGGGUGCAUCCAAAAACAGGCAUUACAAGAGUUUCAAGAGUGUUCCCUGUAGCUUGUACAUGUGAUGCAGUGGCCAGGUGCAUGCUUCAGGGUGUUCACCAGUUUAAUGGUGCAUAUGGUUGUGGUUUCUGUCUCAGUGAAGGAAUGGUUGUGGCAAAGGGAAGAGGCUACACAAGGGUGUAUCCUGCUGUACAGGCUGAAAUGAGAAGCCAUGAACAUGUUGUGGAAUGUGGACAGAAGGCCAUUGAAGAGGGUGUUGAUCAUAUCCUAGGCGUUAAGUCACUGUCACCAUUGAUUAUUCUGAGCAGCUCAACUGGUUUUGAUAUAGUGAAGAGUUUCCCUGUAGAUUAUAUGCACUGUGUACUGCUUGGAGUGACAAAACAGUAUUUAGAUCUCUGGUUCAACAGCAAAUAUCAUGACUGCCCAUGGUAUAUUGGAACCUCAAAAGACGCUGUUGAUCAAAGGUUGCUCUCCAUCUCACCACCCUCUGAUGUACCCAGAGUUCCACGUACUGUGCAUGUGGCACACAAGUGGAAGGCUGCAGAAUGCCGGAGCUGGUUACUUUUUUAUAGCUUACCAGUGCUGCAAAUGAUCCUGCCAGCCAAAUACUUGAAACACUGGUUACUUUUGGUCAGUGCAGUCUUCUGUCUUCUCAAGGAGAAAAUUUCAGAGUGUGACUUUGCAGACGCCUCUAGAAAACUGAACAAAUUUGUCUGUCAGAUGCCAGAAACAUAUGGCUUGUGUCACAUGUCUUUCAAUAAACCGUAUCAGUGCUCACAGUGUGGGAGGAGUUUUACUGAACAAAGUCAUCUCAAAAGACACCAGCUCAUUCACACUGGAAAGAAACCGUAUCAGUGCUCACAGUGUGGGAGGAGUUUUACUGAACAGAGUAAACUCAAAAAACACCAGCGCAUUCACACUGGAGAGAAACCGUAUCAGUGCUCACAGUGUGGAAAGACUUUCAUACAAACCUGUCAUCUCAAAAUACACCAGCACAUUCACACAGGAGAGAAACCGUAUCAGUGCUCACAGUGUGGGAAGAGUUUUAUUACACAGGGUAAUCUCAAAAUACACCAGCGCAUUCACACUGGAGAGAAACCAUAUCAGUGCUCACAGUGUGGAAAGAGUUUUAAUACAAAGAGUGAGCUCAAAAUACACCAGCGCAUUCACAGUGGAGAGAAACCGUAUCAGUGCUCACAGUGUGGGAAGAGUUUUAAUCAACAGAGUCAGCUCAAAACACACCAGCGCAUUCACAGUGGAGAGAAACCGUAUCAGUGCUCACAGUGUGGAAAGAGUUUUAAUCAACAGAGUCAUAUCAAAAGACACCAGCACAUUCACACUGGAGAGAAACCAUAUCAGUGCUCACAGUGUGGUAGGGGUUUUAAUACAAAGAAUGAUCUCAUAACCCACCAGCGCAUUCACACCGGAGAGAAACCAUAUCAGUGCUCACAGUGUGGAAAGAGUUUUAAUACAAAGGGUGAGGUUAAAAUACACCAGCGCAUUCACACUGGAGAGAAACCGUAUCAGUGCCCACAGUGUGGGAAGAGUUUUAUUCAACUGAGUCAUCUCAAAAUCCACCAGCGCAUUCACACUGGAGAGAAACCGUAUCAGUGCUCACAGUGUGGGAUGAGUUUUAAUCAACAGAGUCAUAUCAAAAUCCACCAGCGCAUUCACACUGGAGAGAAACCGUAUCAGUGCUCACAGUGUGGGAUGAGUUUUAAUCAACAGAGUCAUAUCAAAAUCCACCAGCGCAUUCACACUGGAGAGAAACCGUAUCAGUGCUCACAAUGUGGGAAGAGCUUUAAUACAAAGAGUGCUCUUAAAAGACACCAGGGCAUUCACACUGGAGAGAAACCGUAUCAGUGCUCACAGUGUGGGAAGAGCUUCAGUACCCGGAGUGCUCUCAAAAUACACCAGCGCAUUCACACUGGAGAGAAACCAUAUCGGUGCUCUCAUUGUGGAAAGAGUUUCAAUAGACAGAGUGCUUUCAAAAUACACCAGCGCAUUCACACUGGAGAGAAACCGUAUCAGUGCUCACAGUGUGAGAAGAGUUUUAUUAGACAGAUUGAGCUCAAAAUACACCAGCACUUUCACACUGGAGAGAAACCGUAUCAGUGCUUACAGUGUGGAAAGAGUUUUAAUACAAAGAGUGAUCUGAAAAAACACCAGCAAAUUCACAAUGGAGUUAAACCAUAUCAGUGCUCACAGUGUGGAAAAAGUUUUAAUCAACACAGUAAUCUAAAAAGACACCAGCGCAUUCACAUUGGAGUGAAACUGUAUCAGUGUUCACUGUGUGGGAAGAGUUUUAUUGAACAGAGUGCUCUCAAAAUACACCAGCGCAUUCACACUGGGGAGAAACCAUAUCAGUGCUCACAGUGUGAGAAGGGCUUUAAUAGACAGAGUGAUCUGAAAAGACACCAGCGCAUUCACACUGGAGAGAAACCAUAUCAGUGCUCAGAGUGUGGGAAAAGUUUUACUGAACAGAGUAAUCUCAAAUUACACCAGUACAUUCACACUGGAGAGAAACCAUAUCAGUGCUCACAGUGUGGGAAGAGUUUUAAUACACAGAGUUAUCUCAAAACACACCAGCGCAUUCACACUGGAGUGAAACCGUAUCUGUGCUCACAGUGUGGGAAGAGUUUUAUUACACAGAGUAAACUCAAAACACACCAGCGCAUUCACAUUUUACAGAAAUGAUGCUCACAGUUUUGGAGCUGCUUUGCUCAUUUAUCAGCACUUGGACACAAGUGUGACUCAUCAGAUUGUACCAAACAAGCUAAAAUAUAAAAAUACAAAAUAUAGUGAGUGAGUGAGUGUUGGGGAGAAAUGUUUAGCAAUGAAUGAAU